AUGUCGACCGUAUCGCCAGAAACAACAAACGCGGAUGUUAUCUCACCUCCAAAAUACACAGCAAACGCUGAAUCCCCCCGCGACGAGAAAAUCGCAAUUGAACAACCUAAAGUCGACGACGAAAACCUCCCCGAAGUCGUUACCGAUCAAACCAGCCCAGCGCAAAUGAGUCCUCCCCCCGCAAGCGAUUAUCGUCCCGUCUCUACUGUUUCUCCCGCGCCGGAAAGCACACUUAACUGGGAUGGUACACAAUCGCCCCCGAUUCUACAGAACCCUGCUCUUGCGCAGCAGCAGUACGCGGGACAUCAGUCCAUGGUCGUCCCAGCGCAGCAGGUUCCUCCUGGAGAAACUGUCACGCCGUUGCAUUUGCUAGCUGAUCAGGCUGAUAUGGUGGAUUGUCCCUUUUGUCAGCGUCGCGCGGAGACAAAGGUUAAGAAGUCUGCUUCUUCAGCGACACAGUGCGUUUACCCCCCGAUUUGUCACGGAUGA